GAUGCAAAACGAAAGUAAACAAAUUGCACAACAUGGGGUUAUACUUUUUUGAAAAUCGAUUUCAGACAACAAGGAAAUAAUAUAUCCGAGUGUCUCAUUGCAAUCAGUAAGGAAGACAAGUAGACCAGGAGUAAAUAUUCCGUAGAUCUAUCUUGUGUGGAGUGAGAUUUUUCUGAACAGAUUAAUUGAGAACACUAAAUAAAUAAUGCCGUCUGAGCUACUAUCGCUGAAAUACAGAGACCAAUUAGCCACAUGGAUCGGUAAGCCGUGUCACUUCCGGUUGUUGUACAAGAUCAGCAGUGACGGAUGUUCUGCGCAGACGUUCCAUCAGAAGUGUGACGGUCAGGGCUCCACAGUAACGGUGCUGUACAACACCAACAACACGAUAUACGGGGGGUACCUAUCACAGAGCUGGAGCUCUAAUGGCACUUGGAUUAAUGACACAAACGCCUUCCUGUUCCGGCUGCAGUAUAACGGAUCAUCGAAUCCAGUUCAAGCUCCUGUCAGUAGUUCUUAUUAUGGUAAUGCUGGAUACGGGCACAGUAAUUAUGGUCCAACUUUUGGUGGCAACCACGACCUUCAGUCAUUUACUGGAAUCAUAUCAAAGUCUGGGAAUCUGUUUGGACUGAAUGGUUAUUUGAAUAUGUCAGGCAAGUACUAUACGCACAACGGACAAGACACCAACUCGAUGACAAACAAGAAUCUGAUGGUCACCGACCUGGAAGUGUACCUCGUUGUGGAUGGACCCGGUCCAAGAGUUGUCGAUAAACCGUGGCGGGAACCUCCUGAAUGGAACACCGAGUGUACUCAGAGUCUGAGGCAAGCACUCAUCAAAUACAAACCUGUAACGGAGGCGAACGUGACUGCAGCAAACAUCCUCCUGAUUGGUCAGAUUGGCGCGGGAAAAUCCAGCUUCUUUAACUCCGUCAACUCCUUUUUCCGCGGGAAAAUCACCAGUAAAGCUUGCAGUGGGAGUUUUGAACACAGUGUGACAACAUCGUAUCGCCAGUACAAAAUUAAAGAUUUUUCAUCGGGAAAGUUCUUGAAUUUUCGCCUUUGCGACACACGUGGAUUUGAGGAGGAAUUUGCGAUGGAUACGCAAGAAAUUUCCUUUAUUUUGGACGGAAAUGUUCCGGAUCGUUAUCAGUUCAACCCCCUUGUUCCAUUUACACCGGAUACCCCUGGUUAUGUGAAAGACCCGGAUCUACAGGAUAAAAUUCACUGCGUGGCUUUUGUUGUGGAUGGUAGCACUGUUGAUGUCAUGCCUGACAAAAUUCGCAAACAACUGAAAGAUCUUCAAGUCCGCAUGAAUCACAGAAAUCUACCCCAAGUUGUCUUAUUAACGAAGCUGGACAAAAUAUGCCCGGAUGUGGAAGAGGAUGUCACAAAUACUUUCAAAAGUUCCAGUAUCUCUGAUGCCGUAGAGAAAGUAUCUGAUAUUAUGGGUCUGCCACGUGCUCACGUACUUCCGGUGAAAAACUACGAGAGCGAGAGGAAACUGAAAACUGGUAUCGAUAUUCUUGUGAUGGAGGCUAUCGAACGAUGUUUAGAUUUCGCUGAUGAUUUCAUGGAUGAACAACUUGAUAAAAUGGCGUCAGAAGGAAAGAAAAUAACAGGCAGGGACUAAAUGCUUUGCGUCUACUAUACCCGGUACAUUUUAACCAUGUCAAUGUCAAUUUGUUAAGAAAAAAUUAAUCAGCAUCUUUUGUCAUCAAAUGUUUCUAAUUCCAAUUGAUAAAACUGGGAGAUCUUUAAUUAUUCCAUGUAGUUUUAAAUGAAUUGAAUGCGGAAUAAUUGUACAUCUCUAUCAUUUAAACAAUAUUCAUUCAGUGAAUUGAUGGGAUUGGGCAGCAGGCUUAGAUUUAUAUGAGCCCUCUCCCUAAUGAUCGAACAGGAUUUGUACAUGUACAAAAUUGUAUAACAUAUGUAAUCAAUUUGGGGUCUAAAUGUAUAUAAGAGAAAAAGAAAAAGAAAUGUUUUCCUUAUCACUAUUUUCGGAAAUUCCAGAAAAUGUCAAGCAGCUUUUUCUCGAGUAUUGUUCAAGGUCAUCAAUCUUUGGUAGAUGUCUUUUAUUUAAAUUUUCUUGAUUUCUGGGAAAA